GCGGACUCGCGAUCACUAGCGCGCUGCUCUCUCGCGCGUCGAGUCGUCAUGAGCGGGUGGUGAAGUGGAAAGUGCAGUGUUUUCGUUUACGUAUUAUUCGUGAUAGUGCUGACUGUAAAAAUGAAGUCUUUUGGCGCGACUGCGCUGUCUGUGCUUGCUGUUUUGACAGUAUGCCUCGCAGCGAAAGACCGUUCUCGGCAGCGCUCCGGCCCCAUCAGGAGCGUGCCAGUAGCGGCUGACAUCAAAAGAGAGGUGGACUUCGACUGUCCUGAAGAGUUCGGCUACUAUCCCCACCCCAGCGACUGCACGCUGUACUAUGUGUGCGUGUUCGGCGGCGCGCUACUCGAGUCUUGUACUGGUGGCCUUAUGUACAGCCACGAACUCCAAACAUGUGAUUGGCCGCGUAACGUAGGCUGCGACGCCACCGGUGCCGUGGUUGCCGAAGACCUGGAGCGCAUCAACGAGAGAGAUCCACCACCGCCGCCUCGACGCAACCCGCCGCCGCCGCCCCGCGCACAGCCCAACCCUGUCAUCACAUCGCGGGGACAACCGAAGUUCAACCGACAAGAAUACGAAAAGCAACAACAGCUGUAUGCGGAAGUGGACGACUUACCUCCAGUUGAAGAAAUUGAGAGUGAUAGACAACAGAGAGUAUACAGAGGACAACCAUCGACAAUAGGACAAGUCCAAAAGGACAGAGAUGGUUAUGUUUCUCAAAGUAACUCUGGAAGAUCGUUUAACACAAACAUCAUACCUUCGUCGAUAAAUCAAAAUAGUAAAAUAGGAUCAUUUUCUUUUGGAACACAAGUUGAUGACCGAAGGACAGCCACAAUAACACAAGCGCCUCAGACAUACAGAGAUGAAAAAACUGACAACGUAACUGACUCAAUCGACAGACCUAAAGACUUUUUGACUGUUAUAAGUAAAGUAAAAGACAUCACUCAGAAUACUCUUUUAAGGAAAAAGAGAGACGUUUUAGUUACUUCUACAAAUAGUUCUAAAUUACCAGAUAAAUUAUCGAAACGAAGUGAUAGUGAAAAUGAAAAUGACAAUGAAAAUGACCAAGUUAUGGAAUACAUUGAAUUCGAUGAACCGUCAAGUGAAGAUGACUACACCGAAGAAGAUUUAGAAGACAGUGAAAGAGGAAAGAGGCAAAUACGCUUUUACUUAAAAAAUGGGUUUAGACAACCUGACAAAAUUUGGCCCAAUUCAAAACCUAUAAAACUUAUUAACUUGCAACAAUACAAUUUCAAUCCUAAUUUACAAAAUCAAAGACUAGUCUAUAACGGUGAACAUAAUGCUAAUAUCCGAAAACCGGCGUCAAAUAAUAACUUUUUUCCGGCUGCUAAUUCUUAUGUUCCUUAUCAAAUAGAUAAUAAUCAAAAUAGACCAUUUAAACCAAGUAUACCUGACCCAAUAAAACAGAAGAACCCUCAGUUUAAUGGAGGUACUCAAAUUAUUACAAAAAGCCCCCCAAUAUCGUCUUUGAAUAAUAAUCAGAAUCCGUUUUCUGCAUUAGCAGGAGGUUUUUAUAAUAAUGCAUUGCUAAAUAUUCAUAAUACCAAUAUACAGGCAGGCCAUUCAACUAAACAACCAAGUUUAGCAUCUUUUUCUGAUUCGUCUCAUCAAUCUAGUUCAAUAGUUACAGGAAAGCCAUUACAAAUGUCAUCUUCCAUACGAACUCCAAAUAAUUACCGAGAAAAUAAUGUAAGACAAAAUGAACCUCUUAAAGAUAAUAAACAAGGUAACAAAGAUGAAGAUUAUGAAGAAGAAGACUUGGGGUCUAGUGAAGAAGAAGAAGACUCUUCACGUGAAGAAGAAAAUGAUGACCAUAAUCAAAACUUUCCAGUACAAUUUGGUUUACCUUACAGUUACAAUAAUCCUCGCCAUAAAUUUAAUAAAAUAGAAAACCCUUUUGCUAAUCCGGAGUUUAAUUUUGAUACUUUUUUGGAUAAGCUACGAGAUGAUCACUAUUCAAUUGUUGGAGUAACUACACAAAACCCUACCACUAAAGACGACCACAAUCCAUCUAAAAUAGCUAAUAAUAAUGCUGUGUUUACUACUGCUUCAUAUCCAGAUAAAAAUUUGCACUCGUCGACCAUAAAAAAUGGACAGAACACCCCAAGACCAUUUACAGCAUCUGCUGAAAUUAGUAGUACUGGAGCUACACUACAGAGAUUUGUAAGUUCUACUCCUAAUCAAGGACAGACAUAUCAACAACAACUAAUUCAGAGACCUCAAACAGUACCUCAGAAAUAUGUUCAAAAUACUCAAGAGCCUGUACUAAUUAAAAAUUAUAAUAAAUUACCUCAAACAACACCCACGAUCCAAGCAGAAAGUUUGAGACCUAAUAUUAAGCCACCAAAUUUUAAGGACGAUCGUCAACUGCCUCUUAGUUAUAGUUUUAAUACGCCUAAUGAGAAUAUUCAUCAGCAAUCUUAUGCUCUAAGACAACCAACAUAUUCGCAGACGACGCCAAUGGUUACACAGACGCCUUACUUAACUGGACCUGGCACAGCUCCACCAACUGGUUUCUUAAUACCUACAAAUCAUAAGCAAGUUACAUCACGGCCACAAUUAUCGUCAAGUACGCCUAACUUUGUGUCGACCACCCAAGCUCAAAAUGAGAAUCCAUUUUUAGCGUUUAUCCGGUCAAGUCCUAAACCUACGUCAUUAGUAGAUGAACAACUUUCUGCGUUUAAAAAUUAUUGGAAAACUCUUACUUCGGGUGUAACUCUUCCAACCACAUUGCUUCUUAAUCAAGGUACAGUUACAGAAACUCCGAAACAAGAAAAUUCGUACUAUCGAACAGUUCCAUCAUCGACUCAGUUGCCAGUAAAAAGUAAAACUAGGGUAUUAACAACGUCUACCACAGCAUCACCUAAACGUAGGCCAAUACCAAAGCCAUCACCAGAAAUGAAUGACUAUUAUUAUGAUGAAGAAGAUGAACAAUAUUACUAUGAACCUGCUGUUAAACCUAAAUAUAUGCCAAGUUCGGAAGUCAAGCCCCAGAGACCUCUAAUGGCACAAAAUUAUAAGGAGUAUGAUGAUAUUGGGUAUACUGAAAAUACGAAGAUUAGUCAUUCAUCACCAAAACCGGGAACACUUAAUGUACUUAAACAAGAUUCUGUGACCAAAAAUCAUAAUGAUUUAUCAGUUGUCACUAAAACUCCAUAUAAACAGAUUAAAAAUAUAAAUGGAAAAAUUCCCGUACCUGUGCUAGUCGACUAUGUAAGUCCUUCAAACAAUCAGUAUAUUUCUCGAAAUAAAACAGUUCACCUAAGAAAGCCUAGUCAUAAUCCUAAUACAUUGCGUCCUCCCAAGUAUCUAAACCAGACUACUUUGCGUCCUUAUACUGUCCGGCACAGAUUAGCAAAACCAACGACUGAAAAGUAUCAUAUAACUCAUGGAGAAAAUAAUAAACAAACUAGAGAAAGAGUUCGCCACCAAAACAUUGUAGCACAAAAUAUGAAAUUCACUACACCUCGUGACAGCUAUAAACAAGAGACUCGUUUUACUAAGACUAGUCAUGACGAUAGAACCAACAGUUUGGAACCAACAGAAAGUAUUACGCCUACCUCUUAUUCAGCCAGCCCUCGACCUAAAAUGCUGUACAAUGGAUCACAAACAUACAAUGCUGAUCAGUAUGAUCCUUAUUACGCUGUUUAUGAUGAAGAUGGUGAAUUGUACAAAGAUACAGACUAUGUUCAGCAAUAUAACCAGGCUUCGCUUCGGCCAGCAGUCCAGCAGACGUAUCGAGGAACCCCUCCACCAGCUCGGCGACCGGUUGAAACUUACACCCCGAGGCCAGUGUUAGCUGAUGAUUACGACGAUGUCCUUAUUCAGCCACAGAUAAGCAACCAGAAUCAGUACCAAUCUUCCAUACGCCAGCAGACAAGGGGCGAUGGUAACGAAUUGGGCUAUGAUCACAUUCCAAGCAGCGUGAGGACGACUGUUUAUGAAGCUAGUUCCCCACGCACAACUCCUACUACGACUAGCACAACCACUACUACCACAACUACUACCACCACUACCACUACCACACGUCGUCCAACUACUACUGCACCCUAUACCGAAGCCAUGACUCCAGCUCGGUAUAGCCCAAGAUCAUCGUCCGAUGAAAAUCCCAUACGCAAUCCUGAAACUACUACGAACCAAAAUUCUAUUGAUAAGUCCACUUCUUCGCUCCCCUCUACUUUAUCACCUUUCAUCAACUUUUCAUCCCUCGCCAAGCCUUUUGAAAAGACAGAUAACUCAUAUAGGUUAAACUUACAAUCGACUGAAAAAAUUCCGACUCGUAGGAAACCUUCUCGUGUGACUAACAAUAAUAAUGCUGUUAAAUUAGUACACCAAUCGCCUGCUACGAGUGAUAAAAAGUUAAUUUCAUUAACAACUGGUUUUUCAAUUCGUAGAAAUGUUAAUAAUACUAAAGAUCCCUACACCUUAACUUUUAUUUCUAAACCAUCGGAAAGCUAUUUCAACUCUAGAAACAGAAAUAUUCGAAUAAACCAGCAAGUAAAAAAGCAACAUAUUCAAAAAUUAGUCAACCUUACAGACGAUAACCAAGAUAUAAGCGAAGCUUAUAAUGAUUUCAUUAAAGAUGACAAUAGCAAAAUUAAUGAUAAAAGAGCUUCUAGUCUUGUAAUACCAAGAAUUAAUGCUAGCCCAGACGCAAAAGCAGAUAAAGAGCCAUUUGUUUAUCGUAAACCUGUGGUAGAAAGUACCACUUUACGACAAAAAACACAGACAACAACAACUCCUGUUAUGGAUAGUACAAAAUACUAUUUAAAAACAGUGUUAAGACGCCCAGCUCCUCCUGUAAAUAUCGAAGAACAUACCAAAAGUAAUGUAAAUAUUCCAACAACUACUGAAAAGAGUUCGCAAAAUGUAUACAAAGAAGAAGUGUUAGAUGAAAACUAUAGUCUCUCUUCUGAUUCAAACUUAUAUCAGUCAGAUAAUACUUAUUUUAAUGAUAAAUACAACGAACCAAUUAUACUUCCCUACAACGCAUACGAAAAACAAAGAAGUAAUUUUAAUAAGGAAGUGACUUCAGAAGAUUAUCCUUUUGGACUUGAUGCGACGUCUCCACUUACUGUUGCAAAAAAAUUGACUUUGACUACUCCAAAAUUAAACUUAGUGAGUUCUGAAAAUCCUUCAGAAAAAAAACCUUCUUACUAUGUUUAUCAAGUAGAAGAUGAUGUUUUGGCUGAUCAAACUACAGAAGUAUUUAAUGUUAGAAAUAUUAUUAAAAAUAUCUUAAACAAUUUCUCUAGUUCCACCUCACGAAUUGAGAAAAGUACCUCUACAACUUCCCGAACAACACCAAUAACAACUACUACUACAACCGAGGAAAAUAUCGUUCGUAUAGGUGUUCAAAAGAAAAAAACUACUUAUUCUGACGAGAAACCUCUGAAAAGUAUGUUGAAACAUUUAAAAAUUAUCACAGAACCAACUUUCGUUCAUUAUAUUUCACCAACAGUCGAAACAAUAACAUUUACUGGUUCGAACACACAAUUCAAUAAAAAUGAAUUUUCACCGACAACAACUGAAAUGCCUCAUGUAACUGAUGCUACAUUCUUAGAUUCAAUGACUCAAGCUGGUAGGCAUAAUAUUGUGCCUAGUUCAACGUAUACACCUCGUAAGGAAAUUCAUAAAUCAAAGUUCAAUAACUUUGCUAAAAGUAAAAUAGAAAAUGAGAAAUCACGUAAAUAUCAAAAAAUUAUUGAUGUUGACGGGCCUUCAUAUGAUAGUAGUCGCAAUAAAGAAUAUGAAGAGGACGGUGACUUGACUCAUUUGACUGAAAAUAAUUCUGAAACUAUUAAAACACCUACUGUUACUGAAAAUGAUCGACUUUAUAAUGACAUUGUACAUGACAUCGCUUCAACUACUAGUACAACAAAAUCGACAACAACUUUAAAAACUGAGAUAGAGACUAAACCGACUACUAAAAGUAUAUCCUUCCCAACACGUGCCUCUCGUAUCAAUCCUGCAAUAAAAUUAGCUGUGGAAAACAUUGGAGGUGGGCGCAGGAGUUACCAAUCAUCGUCCAAUUGUUCAUCAGACAACAGUCUGCAAGCGAAUUCGAAAUGCAACGAAAUCAAAUACCAGAGGCCAAGCAGUACUAGAGGACGAGGCUCUGCUCAUUUCUCUACUUCGGGUGGCUCUGAAUCUUCGCCACAGACACCAAAUAGAGGAACACCUCCAACUCGCAGUCGUCCAACAUUGAAGCCUUCAACGGCCAUCGUAUCGAAGUCAGCCGAUAUACCUGACAUUUACCUCAAUCCACCAAGUCGACCAGAAGCAGUCUAUCCACAACCAACUCCUGACAAGACAGCUGCAAAAUGCCGAAAGGAUGUGUGUCUCUUACCUGACUGUUUCUGUGGUGGAAAAGACAUUCCUGGAAAUUUACGAGUCAACGAAGUACCACAAGUAGUACUUAUAACAUUCGACGAUGCGGUAAAUGAUUUAAAUAAAAUUUACUACGAAGAACUGUUUGAAAGGGGACGAGUCAAUCCCAAUGGUUGUCCUAUAACAGGCACCUUCUAUGUGUCACAUGAAUGGACAGAUUAUAGUCAAAUACAAAACUUAUAUGCAGAUGGCCACGAAUUUGCCUCACACACUAUAUCUCAUAGCUUUGGUGAACAAUUUUCCCAAAAGAAAUGGAACAGAGAAAUUGGUGGUCAAAGAGAAAUUUUAGCAGCUUACGGUGGUGUUAAACUCGAUGACAUUAGAGGAAUGAGAGCACCAUUCUUGUCAGUUGGUGGAAACAAGAUGUUUAAAAUGUUGUACGAUUCCAACUUCACAUAUGACUCAUCGCUGCCAGUGUAUGAAAAUAAACCACCGAGCUGGCCUUAUACUUUGGAUUAUAAAUUAUUCCACGAUUGCAUGAUACCACCGUGUCCUACGAAAUCAUAUCCAGGAGUUUGGGAGGUUCCUAUGGUGAUGUGGCAAGAUUUGAACGGCGGGAGAUGUUCCAUGGGAGACGCUUGUGCGAACCCACCUGAUUCUGAUGGUGUCUACAAAAUGAUCUUGAAAAACUUCGAUAGACAUUACACAAGCAACAGGGCUCCCUUUGGACUAUUCUAUCACGCAGCUUGGUUCACUCAACCUCACCACAAAGAAGGAUUUAUCAAGUUCUUAGACUUUAUCAAUAAAAUGCCUGAUGUGUGGAUUGUAACAAAUUGGCAAGCUAUACAAUGGGUUCGAGACCCAACCCCAAUUUCUAGAUUAAAUAACUUUCAACCCUUCCAGUGCAAUUACGCGGAUCGACCUAAGAAAUGCAACAACGCUAAAGUAUGCAAUCUCUGGCACAAAUCUGGAGUUCGAUACAUGAGGACAUGUCAACCGUGUCCCGAAAUUUACCCUUGGACCGGAAAAACAGGCAUUAGAUCAUCACGAAUCGACAACGACAUCGAAGAUUAAACAGACUCAGUUAUUAGUUAUUAACAAAUUUCGCCCAACUUUUGUAAUGAUCCAUUAGAAUUUGCUUUUAGUUUUAAGCCAACGAGGCAUGGAUCAUUCAGUAGUAAAUUAUUGUGAGUAGAAAUUGUUUUGUCACCUUCACCUAGUGAGUGCCAUUUAGAUUUGAUGGUCACAAAGCAAAAAUUGUAAAUUGUAAACAAUUUCAUCUUAGUUUAGGAGUAGGUAGUUACGUAAUUUUACUAAUUUGUUAGUAUAAUACCAUGCUCCUUUUAGUUAAAGUAUGAUGUAUUGGAAACUGUGAUAUUGUGUGUUUUCAAUCGUUUUGAAAGAAAUGCAUCAGAAAAAUAAUGCUCUAUUCAAAUCGCUUAAAUCAUUUUAAGUACGAUUUUGUCGAUCCAAUGAUAUUCUGCUUAUUAGGUCUUUUAUUUCAUAUUCAAAUUAAAUGUUCUUCUCUCUCAUUUUGAUUAAAAAAAAUACGUUUUUUUAAGUAAAAUAUUUUUAUAUGAAAUCACAAAGUGAUAUUUUACAUAAUUAUCUUAUAAUAUACUUUGAUAAUAACUACUCGUAUUAUCGACUUGGAUUUCUAUUGUUUAUAAUUCUUAACGUAAGCCAUAUUAAAAUUUAGAAAAAAAAAGAUUUCUUAUCUUGCCAGCGUUGUGGUUGACACUGCCUUUUAUACAAUUGUAAAUAUAGUUAGAAUUUUGUAUGUGUUAAGUGCUAGGGUAGUAUUUUAUUGCGAGUUGUAGGCGCCAGUUGGAUGAAAAUGUGAAGCUUUGCGAAUAUUACGCUUAAUUGAACAAAGUUUUUUUAUAUUCAAAAUUAUAAUUUAUAGCGUCGCUUAGACGUCUGUCUACAUCGCGUAUGUGAUGAAGCACAUGUGUAUGUGACUGCUGAUAAAUUUAAUACCUAAUUAAAAUUAGUUUACUGUGCUUUAUCAAGAAUGUAAAGAGACAUAAACAUUUUGGUUAGAAGCGUUGUAUUAAGUAAAGCAUCAUUAUUUAAAAAUUGUCUUAACACUUUGAUUUGAUUUUCAUUACACAUUUUCUUUUCAUACUAAGAUUUAGUGCUACAUUUGGUAGAAGCGCUUACAAGAUUAUAUAAUUAUUUAAACAAUCUGCAAUAUUUAUAAGUCCUAUUAUUGUAAAUAUAUUUAGGUUUAAUAUUUAAAAUUGGAAGUUCCAUAUAAUUCCAAAAUAUUCGAUUGAUGUUUGUCGGUACUUUCGGUUGAUUCUAUGUAACUUGGACAUGACUCUUUUUUACUGGAACCCGUUUUGGAUGCUGUGUGAACUUUUUGCGUACAUCUUGAUAAUAAAUUAUCUCGUUAUGUAACAAAUGCCACCAGUGCAAAUGAAUAAAAUAUUAUAAUGCUAA